CACAGCUCGAGCGUGCUUCUCGCAGCUCACAGUCCAGUCAAGGAGCCGCAUCAACCCGUCCAUCUCGGCGCAAGCCAGCCCCUCGCCGUCGCCGUCUCGCCCACCUCGCCUCCCUCCAUCUCCCCCGGACUCUUCAUCUUUCUCCUUGGCCACAGCACCACCGCUCAAGCCGUUGCACCUCGUCACCUCGUUCUCUUCCUCCUCGUCUUCCCCUCCUCCCCCCUCACCCGCUCGUCAGCCCACCAUGCUCAGCGGCAAAUCCUCCAACUCGAUGCGCGACAACUAUGGGACCCACGGCGUCGACAACUACUACCGCAUGGUGCAAGAGUCGUACCGCAACCCGCACUACCUCGGCCUUCGACGCGUCCUCACGACCUUCAUGGACCAGUACGUCGCGCAAGAGAAGCCCGAGCGCAUCAGGGUGCUCGACCUGGCGGCGGGCUCUGGCGAGGCGACAGAGAUUCUGCUCCAGUGGAAGAGCGCUCGAUGGCCAUCAGCAGCACCUGCCGCAUCUACUGCUGCGCCGGACGUCGUCGCCGCCGCCGCUCCACCCUCCGCACCCGCACCUACACCCGCUCUCCCACCUUCCGCAUCACCAGCUCCUCCCGCAUCGUCUCGCCCUCCCUUUAUCCCUCCCGCCCGCCAGUUCCCUCAGCGCGCCGUCGCUCGACCAACCCGUCCCUCAGCACAGCCCUCCCUACCCGCACCCGAGCUCUCGAUCGUCGCGACCGACCCGUUCACGGCGCCCGCGUACCGCUCACGCACCGGCCUUCCCUGCUCCGAGCUGUCCUUCGCCAACGUCGCGGCCGGGCAGCUCCCGCCGCCGCCGCCAAGCUCGGGCUCGAGCGAGCCGACCAGCGCAGAGGGCGACGAUGCGCCGGUCGAGCCGUACGACCUCGUCAUCAUCUCGUUCGCGCUGCACCUCGUCGAGUCGUCGUCCGAGCUGUGGGCGCUCCUCGACGAGCUGAGCAAGCGCGCGAGGUGGCUGUGCGUCACGGGUCCGCACAAGAAGCCAGAUGUCAAGGACUCGUGGGGCUGGAGGCGGUGGGACCCGUCUGGGGCGUGGAAGGCGACGGACGGCAGCGAGCGGGUCGGGGGCGAGUCGGGUGACGGGGCCGAGAUUGUGCUCGAGCGGGUGCGGUUGCGGCUGUGGCGCAGUGAGCACAACUGGGAGGCGUAGUCCUUGCGUGCAUCGUCGGCCUGGACGUUGUCGAG